UCCAUUCGUCAUUUGUUAUAUUAUGUUGUACUGUGGUAUAUUUCCGGAUCCGUAUCAUGCAAAUAUGGCGGAAGGAGGGUCUGUCAGAGAAUUGGAUCCCUCUAAGAUUGCCAUCAUACGUGAAGUGUAUGAUAGUGAAAAUGCACAUGAAACAUUUGAACUGGAGCUGGAGCGUGCCUUGGAGGCAGGCUGCAGCAUAAUUUUUGUCGAACCGUCAAGGCUAGGGGAUGAAACAGCACGCUGGAUUGCUGUUGGUAAUUGUCUGCACAAAACAGCAGUUCUCUCAGGAAUAGGUGCCAUUGCAGCAGGAUUGGUAUGGACAGACCGUCCAUAUGUAUGUACGCCACUGGGAGCGCUGUCAUUGCUGUGCACUGGACUGUAUACUAUUUCAUGGCAAUUUGACCCCUGUUGUCAGUACCAGGUUGAACGAGAUCCAAAAAGGCUUUCAAAGUUUCCUCUUCUUAGUACUCUUGCGCCAGCAUCUGUUGUUGUUUUAGUUCGGCGGGAUGACUCAAGACGGAAAAUUCUUCAUACAAGUGUGUCUCUGAUCGCAGCUGCUUUUUGUGCAUGGCGACUUUAUGAUGCCUACAAAUGAAAGUAAUUUGUUUCACAGACCAAGAAAAUAGAUGUGUAGAAUCCAGUUAUUUUACAUUGAAUCUGACACAUCACAUCCCAUGUUUACUUGAUCCAGCAUAUUAUACAUGAAGAAUUUUACUUUAAGUAACUGGAUUCUGCUUUAUGUUUUUAUAGGGAACAUGAAUAAUUAACAUAGGGAUCACAUUAGGCAGGGUAGCAGCUAGUCUGCUUCGCCAUUGCUGACACAUCUGCAGCAUUUAUGUGCAAACUCCAUCAACAUUGAUCUGCGUCAGAAAUGGAGUGUGCGCUUGAAUUUGCCAUGUGGCUCAGUUUCAUGGCCCUAAAGCUGUAAGGCACAACACCCAGGAUUGUUAUCACUUCGGUUUGCGCCAUCUUAAAAUGUGUACUGAAGGCCGUAGGGCAUAGGAAUUAGUCGUCGUUUCAUUGGUGGAAUUGAAAAUUAAAGACAUGGAAGUUCCUGCUCAACAAAUCUGUAUGCUUACGAUGGCAACAGACAUGUUUAUUAAGGGCACAAAUAUUGUUUGGUAUGGACAGAAGUUGCACAUAUAAACACGGCAUCGGAUUUCAAAAGAUGUAAUAUGUACGGAUAUAUUGUACUACAUUUAAAGUUAUUCUGGACCAUGGUCUAGUGAUAGUAGUUAUUUGAUAAUUGUAAUGGGUGGCUACUGAUUAGUCCAAAUGUAAGAACAAAUAUUUUUCCUACCAUAAAUUUUCUUUUGUUGUAGGAAUGGAUGUAAGGAAGUUACAAUUCUUCUAAAGAAAUAUAAACAUUAAGUUUGUAUAUAUCAUCCAUGUUGUAUAUAAGAUGUACAGAACUUUUGACCAGCUGAAGGAACAAGCUCUCAACUCGGUCAAGGACAGUCGUAAUUUUAAAACACAUUAUGAAUAAGGAUUAGGAUGACAGUGAUGUACAAAUGUUACAACAAAUAUAUUUCUUAUUAAAAUCCUCAUGAUAUGAACAAUAAGCAUGAAAUGAUA